UUGUUUUGCGCGGAGAGCGUUGCGAGUGGGGUGGGGGUGAGGGAGUUCCUCCGGAGAUCCCGGAUCCGGCACAAUAGUCGCUGCGUGCUUGCGGCGCGGGUCAGAGUGGAAGCUCCGGUCAUCCGGUUCGGUGGGAACCCCUCCGUUUCGUCCGUGCUCUUCCUACUGACGCCGAUAGCAGGACGGCGCGAGCGUCUCCCUCGGCGCGCUUUUGAAAACGCACGCGCCUCUUCGAGGCUGCGAAGUCCCAAGUCUCGACUCCGGGUAUAUAUAUACAUUGUGUGCUCGUGAACUUUCUUUUUUUUUUUUCGAAUUCUCCAGGCAGAAGAAGACUGCAACUCCGGUCCUCUAGUGUGCUGAUGCGUCUACUUCUACUCCAUGGUUAGAAGAAACAACGCUCUCUGUCGCUUUAAAUGGUUCGCCCGUCAUGUUCGCUUCGCGCGAGCAUGGUGUGAUGAUUAUCGCGGUGAUGGUCAUCCGUAAUCACGGAGCUCCGGAUAUGCCGUUUAUCAAGUGAGAUAUACAUUUACGGCUGACGAAAGAUUUAACCGCGAAGCGUGUAGGAACCCGCGCAAGAGUUCUUCGCGUUUGGACGUAGCUGGAUCAUCAAUUAUACUUCUGCUCAGGCUCUGUUGAGUGCUUCGAAAUAUUUUCCGCUAGCCAUAUGCUAAGUUAGCGGAGUUUCAAGGAGCACGGCUUUUCGGAAGCAGGACGCAACUGAAUGCUGAGCGCAUCUUAUGAGAAGAAACUAUAUUUGCAAAUGACAUGUCACUGUCCGCAUGUACGUGAAUAGCGCACCGAAUGCGCGAGAUUGCUAGUGCGGUCACCGUGCGUUGGCAAAACACGUAAAGUUGUCGUCCGCUGUUGGAAACAAGACUGUCAUAACCAGUUCCAAAUCGCUCACCUAAGUGAAGGAGAUUUACUACGAGCUUUGACGCGCUGUUUGUCUGCGGUAUAAGUUUUUUUUUUUUUUUUCACCGUGUAAUCUUUUAGCUCGCUGCGAUGUUGAAUUAGUCACGGCGUGCGGAGCCGGCUGCUAGACUUGACUUUCCUGGAUCAAGGGGCGUGUUGCUUGCAGGAUUUUUGAGUUUGCGACCACGUGCGUUCCGACUCUGCCUCAUACUUUCCGCGGUAUCUUUGCUCACAACAGUGAAAAAGUUACACUCGCUGGUAUUUUCCGUAUUUGUGUGGAACCAGCUCUGGCAGCAACGACUACAGCUGAAAAACUGCGCCUCAUUUGCGGCACCUGUGCGAUAUGGUGUCACUCGGUCAAGGCCUCUGAACAAGUCCCGAGUAUUCAAAGUUUCCACCUGCUGCUGCUCCACUUGCGCGGGCCCCGUCCUGCGACGUCAUAGCGGAGAAUGGGCGAAGAAGCAAGAGUGGCCGGUUAUGAUCAACAGCCGGUCGCAAAUGUCUCUGCUCCUUCAGCGGUCAACGGGAGCGCCAUUCCUGAGCCCAUGGCGCCUGCACAACCGGAAGUUGCGGUGCUCUCAUCCGCUUCUGGCGAGGACUCGUACAGCGUCAACACGUCUUCGCCUUCUUUACCGUGGGCUCUGUUUCCGGCGUCCAAUGACACUACCAUUCCUGUACCGACGGCUUCGGCGGCGGAGAUUCAGUGCUACCUGUCCGACGUCAACCGAAGUGCAGAUGCGAGACUGGAUACAGUGCUGAGCUGCCUGCCGACCUGGGAUGGCUUGUCGUGCUGGCCUCGCACACCACCGGCGCACACAUCUUCGAUUCCGUGCUUCGCCACUCUCAAUGGCGUUCACUAUGACACAACCCAAAACGCGUCGCGGUUCUGCUCAGCCGCCGGCAUCUGGGCCAGCAAAUCGGAUUACUCCCAUUGUGUUCCACUCUUCGAGGUGGAAAGGCCGAUAGAUGGAACUACCUUGUACUACAUAGGAUAUGGAAUGUCCCUAUGUGCACUAAGCAUCGCCUUGUGGAUCUUCAUCUACUAUAAGGAGCUGCGCUGUCUACGGAAUACUAUCCACGUCAACCUCAUGGUCACCUACUUCCUUAUUUCUAUCACCUGGAUGACCACGGCAACGCUGCAGUCUGUACCUUCACCUGCGUACCAUAAGAGUGCCUGUUUCAUGUACGUGGUGCUCACCUACCUGAUGGGUACCAACUUCUUCUGGAUGUUCGUCGAAGGCCUGUACCUGUUCAUACUGGUCGUCAAAACUUUCUCCGUGGAGAUGGUUCGUGUUCAUGUCUACGCAGCCAUUGGCUGGGGAAUACCCCUAGUCGUCGUGUCAGUAUGGGCUGUCACCAAGGCGUACCUGAGCCCCAACCACAAUGAUCCAAAUCUGUCUGGAGGCAUGUGCAUAUGGCAGCUGAAGGACAUCUACGACUGCAUCUUCAUUGGACCCGUCAUUCUAGUCCUACUGACAAACAUCUUCUUCCUCAGCCACAUCAUGUGGGUGCUGAUCACCAAGCUCCGCGCUGCGACAUCGGUGGAAUCACAGCAGUACCGGAAAGCGGCUAAGGCACUGCUCGUGUUGAUUCCUCUGCUGGGCGUCAGCUACAUUCUGGUCAUCUGGACGCCCCAGCACAAGACGGCCAGGGUCAUCUUCACCUAUCUGCAAAUCACGCUGCUCUCCACUCAGGGCUUCACGGUCGCCGUGCUGUACUGCUUCCUGAAUGGCGAGGUCCGAAACUCGGUGCGCCACCACCUGGAGCGGUGGAAGACAAUGCGCGCCCUGCGGCGCGGCAGUGACCGGUGCCGCCAGGCGCUCGGCUACGGCCGCGUGCAGAAGCCGCUGGCCAUGCAGCGCGGCAGCUGCGUCAGCUUUACCACCACCACCACGACGACGUGCCUGCCGUCCACGGGCAGCCGCUUCACGUCGCAGCAGAGCAAGCGGCCCAGUAACGGCUCGUACGCGCAGCUCCCCUUCACCGACAACCCUGUGUAAACGGGAUGAAAGACUGGCUGGCCCGCUACAAUGAGAAUUUUUUUUUUUUUUUCGUAACGAGAGAUGUGACUCGGGCGUAGGCUCCGAUGAGGGCUGGCGAUUCGCUUUUGCAGGGCUCACGUGAGUCCAUCGAUGACAAAAAAAAAAAGAAAAGGGUCGUUGCCUAUAAAUGGCUAAAUUUAUUUUUCCCAUUUGCGCAUAACCAUUCGCAGGAACGAACAGCUGUCGGCCGUCGUUUUUGUAGAUCCGUAGCCCUCUGUUCAUUUUAUGCGAGCACGCGUCUCAAAAAAAUAAAAAAAAUAAGACACGCGGUUGAAAGACGAGUUGUUCAGCAGUAAGAGCUGACCGCAGUUUCUUUUGCGCUCCGGUGAAAAGAAAUAGGAAUUUCCUGUUGCGACAGAGCUUGGUGUGUACAUUGUUAACUCGGACUAUAUUUUGCUCGCUUAUUUACAUGAAAGGUACCGGACGUUUCUCGCAUACUUGCCGUAUCUUGUGUACGUUUAUUCCCCUUUUCUGUUUUGUCACGUAACUUUUAUUUCUCUUCUUCGUCGAAAAUUACUGCGCAGUGGAGUUCCUCUAGAGCACUUUAAAUGUUCAGCCAACAAGUAGUAUGCGGUAUCGAAGCGGCCCUACAAAGAGCAAACCUCGUUUUUGACCCUUAACGUGGAUUUCCUCACAAAAUUUUAUCUAUAUGUUGAAGCUACAGUCAUAGGGAAUGGUAGAGGUAACGCGGCAGUUUUGAGACCCGAACACAUGACUCAAAUGCCAGAUCUUUGAAUGCGUGUCUAUGAAGCUGCUAAUGCCAUUACGUGAAUUAUAAGUUGUGCAUGGCGCGAUGAGCUUAAUUUACUAUAAUGCGCCAGAUACUUUUAAUAUACUUGCAGGUAUAUAUGAAAAGCUGGUUUAUGGCGCACGAUUCAACUUAUGCCGCCGCUAGGCUAUAGACCAGCGGCACGGAUGAUUGAAGCGCAUGACGGGAAUGAUGGAGAGUUGGUGAGCGAAUCAGUUUAUUGUUAAAAACAGGUGCCGUCGGCACCAAAGGUGCGAAAGCACACGCUGUUCGAAAUAAUGUGCUUUCUUCAUACGGAAGCGUCUAUGCGGGUAACGUGUGGUCCCACCUAAUGUUGCUAACAGCGGGCAAACACUUGGUAAUGGAUGUAGUCCGUGAACAAUCUUUAUCAUUUUUAUUGAGCAAAAGAGGGAGUAAUGAGUUAAAAAAAGCCUUCGACGGCCUGUACAAUAUCCUGUAUGAAAAAUAGUUUAUUUACACCGACGUUAAACAACCCGCCUUCCAUAGUUUUCACAUUUGGGGGCAAUAAAAAAAUUUUCUGCACAUGAAAUCAUUAAAAAAGAACUGCUCAGUGUAGAAUACCUAUUUAGAUUUCUUUAAGGAAACUCAUAUGUAGCAGUCAGUGUUUGGAGCAUAAAAUCUAUUCUGCGCGCUUAUUAUAAAUGAACGCUGCUGAAACAGAAGUAUUAGGCAUGACAAAUGCCGAGUAGUUAUCCUCCCUGCAUAGAGCGAAGAUUAGUUUUCUGUGUUGGGACGCAUACAUAAACACCAGGCUACGGCUUCACCGGCUGAAUGACUCAUAUUUACACUUACAUUACAUCUUAAAGACAUAUCAGAGAUCACGCAAACGAGCUGCAAUGCUGUGUUACGUUUGACAAGUCGUUGGUGUAAAGCAUGUACCAGAAAUAAAAAAGUAGGAAGCUUACCUCAUUGGAUCAUGGCGGCAUUAGUAACGUCCGAUUCGUAUCUCAGAAUAUACUAGUUUAGAAAAUUUACCCGGCAGCUAUAAUUUCAGGACGCUACUUUCAAAACAUUAAAGUGGAUUAACCGAACGCGAACUUGGCAGUUUUCUUUACGUAGUCGUCACAUUGAACUGGUCUCAGUCAUCAAAUUGGAGAUUGACACCGAAGAGACCGAAGAGACCGCACUUUCAUGCAAACGCCAGUGUUAAUACUUAUGCGUCGAUGCUCGUUUCGGCUGUUGAAAGUUAUCCCGUUUCCUAAAAUUUCUCAUUACUACCAGCACACAAUGAAAGAAAAAGCGGGCUGACUAAACAAAUACAUCUGGCACAUCCAGUACGAUGUCGUUUGGGUGGACGCCGGCAUAAAUAAUGAAAGCAGAUUUUCGUCAUCAUGUAUGUAUAUAUAGGUGAGCGCUUCGGCCGCUAAGAAAAAAAGAAAGCUACAUGGGAACAGGGUACUGUAGAUGAUCUAGAAUCAGUGUCAUGUGACGGUGUUUUUUUUUCUUGUCAUUUUCACGAGCAUUCACUGUACAAAGACAUGAGUACACGUUAAUGGCGGCAAGGAGAAAUUUGUCUGGAUGCCGCCCACGAGUUGACCUUUGCCGCCACUGGUGUGACGUCGUUCUCCUUCGUCGUUGACCUACUCACGUCCUGUCAUUUCUGUGAAUUGUACAUAGAAGUGUGUCGCGUUGCCGAAUGGCAGCCUCUAGUUUCAUAGCAGCAAUGAAGAGCGCUCAUAAAAGGUACAACGGCGUGAAUGUUGCUCCUCACCCUGGUGCUCCCUCGUCAUGCGUAAUGCUUUAGGAGGAAGCUCUAGCUCAGAACCAACACCGACUUCUGUAUUAAAAUACAUGUAAAACGCAAAAAUACUUUAUUAAAACAACCACUGCACCGAUUUGAGCAAAAUGUGUGAAAAUUAGAUUCCUAGCAACUUUAUGGAAAAUAAUUUUGAUUUAGAACUUUGAAUCAUUUACAAGGAUAUUGGAAACUUAGUAGGUUUAAAAAAUAUAAGCAUUGAAUUAUACAAACGUAACCGUUCGUAGUAAAUAGAUAUCGCAGUUUUGUAAAGCUUCUCCUAGAACAGCUCAAAUGUACAAAUUUUAUGUAUUAGUUUAUAGUUUACGUGAAAAUUUUCCAAUGCUUACAAAGGCUUUUCAAACAUCUACUCAAAAAUUAAUUGUCUGUUUGAGAGUGAUGCAUACUGUAUCAAGUUUGGUUGCCCUACGUGUAUUGAUGGUCGUAGUUUAGAAAAGAGUAAAAUAUUUAGCUACUUUUCAGUUACAGAGUUGUAAGCAUGACGCUGGCGCUUUUUUUUUUAAUUUUGCACUUUGCAACAAUUCUCGUAAAAAAAAGCUGACAGCCUAAAUAAAAAUUGUGCUUCCUGUCCUUGUAUUUUAGGCUCUUCAUUUAAAUGCAACAAAUAUCAUCUAAAUCGCUGCAGUGGUUACAGAUGAAAAAUAGUUUCUCUGCUCCCGUGCAUUUAGAUAGCACUACGAGUGCACGAGCUAAAGCUUCCUCUUGAUAAUUGGCAUACAGGGCAGGCAAACAAGAACCUAAAGUGUGAUAUGGUAAACUAGGCUAUUUUCGAGCCUGGUGACUGAGUGAAUUGCAACACUCGUUGUAAAUCUGGGCCCGUAUUCACAAAACGUUCUUACGCUAAAAGCAUUCGUGCCAGCCAAUCAUGAUGUAGGACAUAUUAUUAGUGAAGGCCAUCAGCCAGUGAAAGACAGCACUUACGAACCAACAGCUUCGUCAAUUCUGCCCCUGGGCCCGUAUUCACAAAAUGUUUGUACGCUAAAAUUAUUCGUAAGAGCCGAUUCCAAACUAUCCAGGGGCGCUAUGACGUAAAGCUAUUCCAAACUUUCCUAUUACAAUUCUGUAGUCGGCUCUCCACGAUUGGUCAAAAAGCUUUAGGGCCGCCCACACUUCGCUUGUUUGUCACACGACGUCCCGAAAACCGCGAGAAGGGCCCAUCUAAUAUGACCUGUACAGACUGAUUAUGCGUGAUAAAACCAAAGGAAAGAAUGAUGAUUAUUUCUGAUUCGACGCCCUUCUCACCAUUUGCCCUGUGCUAUUGGUCAAAUGUUUUCGGUCUUCGCCCAUUUCGCCUGUCUGUCACGCGAUCUCACAAAAUCACUGAAAACUCAUCGCGUCACAGUGACGUCUACGCGUUAAGGAUGCAUUAAUACGCCGAACAAAACAUAUUUUUUUUCUGAAUAGCCAGAGACCACGCCGUUCCGAAAGAAAUAAAAGAUAGCUGCCCACCGGUCACUCUGGCACAGGCUACUCGGGUCUGCCGGGGAGAAUGGUUUUAUUUGCAUAUAAUAGAAAUGUUUCCAUGGUAGUAUAACGCUAUCGAGCCCAUUCUGUACGUAUACAGCAUCUCCCUGCCAACUUUUCGUUGUUGCGAAUCCGUUCUGGCGGCACGUUUAACGCCGCCACGAUUUUCGACCAGCGCAAGCUAAGUAAAGGGAAGCGGACCAAUCACAAACGCUGGCACCACCCUCUUCAUCCGGUUAUCUACUUUCACUGUGCUGGCUCGGUCCCAUCGAAUCCGCCUCUACUUUAGCGCGCUCCUCGCCUCUGGCCAGCCAAUUCUAUAUCAAAAUUUACUCGGUAUAGGCAAUGUUACUUGCUUUUAAAGAAAAAGACCGCCUAAAAUGAGGAUCUCCUUCCAUUGGCUUUAUCAAACAACGCGGUGGGUUACCGCCCGAUGCUUACGUCGGUCAUUACGUAAAUUUGACGUCAGGAGUUUGGAAUAAAAAUAGAUUGGAAUUGUUUCACGUUAUAGGGCCCCAGUUACGCGACAUAUAAUUACCAAUUCUGAAAUCUCCCAUAGAGGGUAUGAGCUACUCGUAGAGAAAAACCAACCAACCAACCAACCAAUUAGCGAAGCUGGCUGCCCAGUAUCAAAGAUCACUUACGAAAGAAGAACUUUGUAAAUACGGGCCCAGUUAUGAUCAUAUUUCAUAAACAGGUUGUUUGCGAACGCACUAGAUUUUAUCGCGCCUGCGUCGUCUGUGUAGUUUAGAGACUUCAUCACAGAGUGAACACCAUUAUAAUGGUACUGUACAGGUUUCCUUAUUCAGCCCUAACAGUCUUCGAUGUUGGAUACAGAAGAUUAUGCUUCCCUCUCUCUGUCGCAAGGCACAGCAAAAACUGGAUUUUUAAGUGAGCGAGAGACAUGAAAUUCUCAAGUACGACUCAAUAUUUUGAUUCAUGCGGGUGUUUCCGGAAGUAUUCGUUGUAGUUUUGAUCAUGUGUUGACACAUCUUGGGAGGCAAGGUGGGUUACGAACGAAGUGAAGAUUCAUUACAUUGUGAUUGCAGUUUUAAUUUUGGGUGCAACAUUUCAAGGCCGACAUAGCGAAAGCAACAUUAUUGUUGUUUGAGUUUCUUGUAGCAAAAUAAUUUGCCAUCGCUGAGGAAACAGGCUGUAUACAAUUUUGGAUUCGCUUACGAUGCGACAAGCGUUUUGAAAAGAAAAACGACUGGUUUCCUGACAGAAGCAAAGCAGGAUUCAAAAAGUUGCAUUGGGGCAUGUUUAUAUGUGUAUAGUGCUUCAAAAAUAAAUUAAUGCCGAAAGCUAUAGAAUCACCGAACGGAUGUCAUUUCAGGCAUUUGCGUUUCUGUAGAAGAUCUAAGUGCAAUUCAGGCAGCGGGAAGCAUAAUUAACCGUAUUUCUUACCGUACUGUACUAUCACAUCCUAUCAUUGUUUCGUCCAUUGUUGCCCAAAAUGCACAGUGCUGAAAUUAUUUUAGCUUGAAAUACGCAUCUAAAAUGGUAAAUUUAUUACUAUCAUGUGGGUUAGAAAACACAUGCAUUUUCUAUUUAUAUUCAUAAUUUUGUUGGUGCAGUCUACUAAAUCGAGAUGUCGCCUCUACGGCAUCCUUUAAACGCACAGCGAGCUAAAUAUAUAGUCAUAGAGUUACGCGAAAGUGAAAACAGAAAUAUUUAUGAUCCCUGUUUGACAUCUGCUUACUCCUGUAAAUAUUACGUCGAAGCGUGAGCGAGUACGCAUAUAUUUAUGUCUGAAAAUUGCUCACAUCACGCCUACUCUAAAGUGUCGGGUGAAAUACGAGUAACACAUGUCUAUUGAAAUGUACGACUGUUCGAGAAAUUACCUGUACUCUGUUUGGCGUUGUGCCAAUAAAGUAUUCUUGUUUUGUUUUGAAACACA